AUGUUGCGAAAGACCCUUCGCUUAAAUCGGCCGCAGCUUGUCGAAGACUACUACAACCAGCCUGAAGCCGUGGAUAAUCUUUACCAAGCAGACUUCGCACACGAUUCGGAGGCAGCAGAUUGCGUCCUAUGCCAGCAAGAAGUCCAGAACGUCGUUCAAAGACGUCCACGUUAUUUGAGAGACGCUCCAGAUGGCUUCGAAAACGCAAAGUUCGUUAGAGUUAGGUCAGAUCAGUUUGCAGACUAUCCGACGGUGCACUACGGGACCAUCGCAUCUGCUGACACACUUAUGAAGAACGGUGUAGAAAGAGAGGAAACUUGUCGACAGGUGAAAAUGCAGAGGAAGGCAGAUGGGCUCUGUUUCGAGAUGGAAGCUGCUGGUAUAGUCAAGAGCUGGCCUUGUCUUGUUGUACGUUCAAUCUGCGACUACUCGGACUCGCUAUUAGUGCCAUGA